AUGGUGCUGAGCCUGAUAAACAAUAUACGGGAUUUAGCAGUCAGUGGAGUGUCUAGUCCCAUCAACCAGCUGAUUGCGUCCUCUGUGGAAGCACAGUCUACAGAUACAUUACUUUCCCUUUUACAAAGUAUUCUCAAUACAAUUGUUGAUGCUAUUAAACAAAUAGUAAACCAGAUAAAUAAUGCAUUGAAUUCAACUUCCUUACCACCUACUGCAACAGUCUCGACCACUACCACUGCCACACCAACUGUAACCAGCACUACAUCCACCACCAUGACCACUACAAUACCAACUUCCACAAGUACCACUGUGACCACAUCUAAGGCAUCCACUACUAGCACAAGAAGUACAUCCACUUCAAUCUCUACUUCAUCCAAUGCAGUACUUACUUCAUUGAACACUGCAACAACCUUUGAUACUGGGACAACCAAUCAACUAAUAUCUACAACUAUCUCAAGUCAGCAAUCAACCAGUGGGGCAACCAGUUCAGGAUUCACUUUACCAUCAGGCACACAAACAGGAAGUUUUCUGUCCUCAAGUAACAAACUAACAACUGUUAAUGACCAAACUGCAUCUAUUAGUACAGGUGUUACUGACGAAAGUAGUAGCCAGCCGUCAUCAAGUAUCUUCACUUCAAGCACAGGAACUCAGUCAGUUGUAACUAGUAGCCUAUCAACCAACCAACAAACAUUUUCUGGUGACUUUUCAAGUGGCCAAACAUCAUUCAUUACUCUCACUCUUACCACUGGAUCUAGUAACCAGCCAUCAACUAAUACUAUCUAUACUUCUUCAAGUUUGGGAACAUCAGUACAACCAAUUGUAACUGGCAGUCCAGAAACACUGAGUACUGAAACUAGUAGUAAACCACCAACAAUCAACCCUUCAACAAUCUCUGGUACUUCAGUAAGUGACCAAACAUCAUUCAUUAGUACAGAUUUUACGAGUAGCUCUAGUAACCAGCCAUCUUCUAGUAACCUCUUCAGUUCUUCAAGUAUUGAAACACCAAUACAAUCUACUAUUAGUGGAAGUCCUGCAAUACAGAGAACUGAAACCAGUAGUCAGCCACCAACAAGCAAACAAUCAACAUCCUCUAGUGUUUCUGUAAGCAGCCAAACACCAUUUAGUAAUACAGAUGUUACAAGUGGAAUAAGUAAUCCACCAUCUUCGAGUAAUGACUUUGCUUCUUCAAGUGUUGGAACACCAAUACAAAUAACUGGAACUGGCAGCCCAGCAAUACUGAAUACUGAAACCAGGAGUCAGCAACCAACAAUCAACCUUUCAACAAUCUCUAGAACUUUGAUAAGCAAUCAAACAUCAUUCAGUAGUACAGCUGUUACAAGUGGACAUAGUAAUCAGCCACCCUCUAGCAAUGGCUUGUCUUCUUCAAGUGUCGAAACACCAAUACAAUCAACUGUAACUGUCAACCCAGCAACACUGAGUGCUGAAACCAGUAGUCAAGCACCAACAAUCAACCCAUCAACAUUUUCUAGUGUUUCUAUAAACAGCCAAUCACCUUUUAGUAAUACAGCUUUUACACCUGCAACUAGUAACCCACCAUCUUCUAGCAAUGGCUUGUCUUCUUCAAGUGUAGAAACACCAAUAAAAUCGACUGUAACUAGCAGCCCAGCAAUAUUGAAUACUGAAACCAGUAGUCAGCCACCAACAAUUAACCCAUUAACAAUCUCUAGUGCUUCGGUAAGCAACAAAAUAUCAUUUAUUAGUACAGCUUUUACAAGUGGACCUAGUAACCAGCCAUCUUCUAGCAAUAGCUUCUCUUCUUCAAGUGUUGAAACACCAAUACAAUCAACUACAAGUGGCAGUCCUGCAAAACAAAGUACUGGAAGUCAGGUACCGACAACCAUUCCAUCAAUAUUCUCAAGUCCUUCACUAAGCAGCCAAACAUCAUUCAGCAGUACAGCUUUUACAAGUGAAUUUAGUAACCAGCCAUCUGCUAGUACUAUCUUUACUUCUUCAAGUUUAGGAACGUCAGUGCAACUAACUGUAAAUGGCAGUCCUGUCACACUGAGUACUCAAACCAGUAGUCAAGCACCAACAAUCAACCCAUCAACAAUCUCUAGUGUUCCUGUAAGUAACCAAACACCAUUUAGUAAUACAGCUGUUACGAUUGGGUCAAGUAACCCACCAUCUUCUAGUAAUGGCUUCGUUUCUUCAAGUGUUGGAACACCAAUACAAUCAACUGUAACUGUCAGCCCAGCAACACUAAGUACUGAAACCAGUAGUCAAGCACCAACAAUCAACCCAUCAACAUUUUCUAGUGUUUCUAUAAGCAACCAAUCACCUUUUAGUAAAACAGCUUUUACGACUACAUCUAGUAACCCACCAUCCUCUAGCAAUGGCUUGUCUUCUUCAAGUGUAGGAACACCAAUACAAUCAACUGUAACUGGCAGCCCAACAAUAUUGAAUACUGAAACCAGUAGUCAGCCACCAACAAUCAACCCAUCAACAAUCUCUAGUGCUUCAGUAAGCGACCAAACAGCAUUCACUAGUACAGCUUUUACAAGUGGACCUAGUAUUCAGCCAUCCUCUAGCAAUGGCUUUUCUUCUUCAAGUGUCGAAACACCAAUACAAUCAACUGUAACUGGCAGUCCAGCAAUACUCAGUACUGAAACCAGUAGUAAAGCACCAACAAUCAACCCAUCAACAUUCUCUAGUGUUCCUGUAAGCAACCAAACACCAUUUAGUAAUACAGCUGUUACGAGUGGAUCAGAUAACCUGCCAUCCUCUAGUAACCUCUUCAGUUCUUCAAGUGUGGAAACACCAAUGCAAUCUACUGUAAGUGGCAGACCUGCAAUACAGAGUACUGAAACCAGUAGUCAGCCACCAACAAUCAACCUUUCAACCAUCUAUAGUGCUUUGAUAAGCGAUCAAACAUCUUUCAGUAGUAUAGCUAUUACAAGUGGACCUAGCAAUCAGCCAUCUUCAGGUAAUGGCUUCGCUUCUUCAAGUGUUGAAACACCAAUACAAUCAACUGUAACUGGCAGCUCAGCAACUCUGAAUACUGAAACCAGUAGUCAAGCACCAACAAACAACCCAUCAACAAUCUCUAGUGUUUCUAUAAGCAACCAAUCACCUUUUAGUAAAACAGCUUUUACGACUACAUCUAGUAACCCACCAUCCUCUAGCAAUGGCUUGUCUUCUUCAAGUGUAGGAACACCAAUACAAUCAACUGUAACUGGCAGCCCAACAAUAUUGAAUACUGAAACCAGUAGUCAGCCACCAACAAUCAACCCAUCAACAAUCUCUAGUGCUUCAGUAAGUGACCAAACAACAUUCACUAGUACAGCUUUUACAAGUGGACCUAGUAUUCAGCCAUCCUCUAGCAAUGGCUUCACUUCUUCAAGUGUUGAAACACCAAUACAAUCAACUGUAACUAGAAGCCCAGCAAUACUCAGUACUGAAACCAGUAGUCAAGCACCAACAAUCAACCCAUUAACAAUCUCUAGUGUUCCUGUAAGCAACCAAACACCAUUUAGUAAUACAGCUGUUAUAAGUGAAUCAAGCGCCCAACAAUCUUCUAGUAAUGACUUUGCUUCUUCAAGUGUUGGAACACCAAUACAAUCAACUGUAACUAGAAGCCCAGCAAUAUUGAAUACCGAAACCAGUAGUCAGCCACCAACAAUCAACCCUUCAACAAUCUCUAGUGCUUUGAUAAGCAAUCAAACAUCAUUCAGUAGUACAUCUGUUACAAGUGGACAAAGUAAUCAGCCAUCUUCUAGCAAUGGUUUGUCUUCUUCAAGUGUCGAAAAACCAAUGCAAUCAACUGUAACUGGUAGCCAACCAAGUCUGAGUACUGAGACCAGUAGUGAAGCACAAAAAAUCAACCCAUCAACAAUAUCUAGUGUUCCUGUAAGCAACCAAACACCAUUUAGUAAUAGAGCUGUUACGAGUGGAUCAAGUAACCCACCAUCUUCUAAUAAUGGCUUUGUUUCUUCAAGUGUUGGAACACCAAUACAAUCAACUGUAACUGUCAGCCCAGCAACACUGAGUACUGAAACCAGUAGUCAAGCACCAACAAUCAACCCAUCAACAUUUUCUAGUGUUUCUAUAAGCAACCAAUCACCUUUUAGUAAAACAGCUUUUACGACUACAUCUAGUAACCCACCAUCCUCUAGCAAUGGCUUGUCUUCUUCAAGUGUAGGAACACCAAUACAAUCAACUGUAAAUGGCAGCCCAACAAUAUUGAAUACUGAAACCAGUAGUCAGCCACCAACAAUCAACCCAUCAACAAUCUCUAGUGCUUCAGUAAGCGACCAAACAGCAUUCACUAGUACAGCUUUUACAAGUGGACCUAGUAUUCAGCCAUCCUCUAGCAAUGGCUUUUCUUCUUCAAGUGUCGAAACACCAAUACAAUCAACUGUAACUGGCAGUCCAGCAAUACUCAGUACUGAAACCAGUAGUAAAGCACCAACAAUCAACCCAUCAACAUUCUCUACUGUUCCUGUAAGCAACCAAACACCAUUUAGUAAUACAGCUGUUACGAGUGGAUCAGAUAACCUGCCAUCCUCUAGUAACCUCUUCAGUUCUUCAAGUGUGGAAACACCAAUGCAAUCUACUGUAAGUGGCAGACCUGCAAUACAGAGUACUGAAACCAGUAGUCAGCCACCAACAAUCAACCUUUCAACCAUCUAUAGUGCUUUGAUAAGCGAUCAAACAUCUUUCAGUAGUAUAGCUAUUACAAGUGGACCUAGCAAUCAGCCAUCUUCAGGUAAUGGCUUCGCUUCUUCAAGUGUUGAAACACCAAUACAAUCAACUGUAACUGGCAGCUCAGCAACUCUGAAUACUGAAACCAGUAGUCAAGCACCAACAAACAACCCAUCAACAAUCUCUAGUGUUUCUAUAAGCAACCAAUCACCUUUUAGUAAAACAGCUUUUACGACUACAUCUAGUAACCCACCAUCCUCUAGCAAUGGCUUGUCUUCUUCAAGUGUAGGAACACCAAUACAAUCAACUGUAACUGGCAGCCCAACAAUAUUGAAUACUGAAACCAGUAGUCAGCCACCAACAAUCAACCCAUCAACAAUCUCUAGUGCUUCAGUAAGUGACCAAACAACAUUCACUAGUACAGCUUUUACAAGUGGACCUAGUAUUCAGCCAUCCUCUAGCAAUGGCUUCACUUCUUCAAGUGUAGAAACACCAAUACAAUCAACUGUAACUAGAAGCCCAGCAAUACUCAGUACUGAAACCAGUAGUCAAGCACCAACAAUCAACCCAUUAACAAUCUCUAGUGUUCCUGUAAGCAACCAAACACCAUUUAGUAAUACAGCUGUUAUAAGUGAAUCAAGCACCCAACAAUCUUCUAGUAAUGACUUUGCUUCUUCAAGUGUUGGAACACCAAUACAAUCAACUGUAACUGGAAGCCCAGCAAUAUUGAAUACCGAAACCAGUAGUCAGCCACUAACAAUCAACCCUUCAACAAUCUCUAGUGCUUUGAUAAGCAAUCAAACAUCAUUCAGUAGUACAUCUGUUACAAGUGGACAAAGUAAUCAGCCAUCUUCUAGCAAUUGUUUGUCUUCUUCAAGUGUCGAAAAACCAAUGCAAUCAACUGUAACUGGUAGCCCACCAAGUCUGAGUACUGAGACCAGUAGUGAAGCACAAAAAAUCAACCCAUCAACAAUAUCUAGUGUUCCUGUAAGCAACCAAACACCAUUUAGUAAUAGAGCUGUUACGAGUGGAUCAAGUAACCCACCAUCUUCUAAUAAUGGCUUUGUUUCUUCAAGUGUUGGAACACCAAUACAAUCAACUGUAACUGUCAGCCCAGCAACACUGAGUACUGAAACCAGUAGUCAAGCACCAACAAUCAACCCAUCAACAUUUUCUAGUGUUUCUAUAAGCAACCAAUCACCUUUUAGUAAAACAGCUUUUACGACUACAUCUAGUAACCCACCAUCCUCUAGCAAUGGCUUGUCUUCUUCAAGUGUCAAAAAACCAAUACAAUCAACUGGAAGUGGCAGACCUGCAAUACAGAGUACUGAAACCAGUAGUCAGCCACCAACAAUUAACCUUUCAACAAUCUAUAGUGCUUUGAUAAGCGAUCAAACAUCAUUCAGUAGUACAGCUGUUACAAGUGGACCUAGUAAUCAGCCAUCUUCAGGUAAUGGCUUCACUUCUUCAAGUGUUGAAACACCAAUACAAUCAACUGUAACUGGAAGCCCAGCAAUAUUGAAUACCGAAACCAGUAGUCAGCCACCAACAAUCAACCCUUCAACAAUCUCUAGUGCUUUGAUAGGCGAUCAAACAUCAUUCAGUAGUACAGCUGUUACAAGUGGACAUAGUAAUCAGCCAUCUUCUAGCAAUGGUUUGUCUUCUUCAAGUGUUGAAACACCAAUACAAUCAACUGUAACUGGCAGCCCAUCAACACUAAGUAAAGAAACCAGUAGUCAAGCUCCAACAAUCAACCCAUCAACACUCUCUAGUGUUUCUGUAAGCAGCCAAUCAACUUUCAGUAAAACAGCUUUCACAACUGAAUCUAGUAACCAACCAUCUUCUAGCAAUGGCUUAUCUUCUGCAAGUGUAGGAACACCAAUACAAUCAACUGUAACUGUCAGCCCAGCAAUAAUGAAUUCUGAAACCAGUAGUCAAGCACCAACAAUCUCUAGUGUUCCUGUAAGCAACCCAACACCAUUUAGUAAUACAGCUGUUACAAGUGAAUCAAGUACCCAACCAUCUUCUAGUAAUGACUUUGCUUCUUCAAGUGUUGGAACACCAAUACAAUCAACUGUAACUGGAAGCCCAGCAAUAUUGAAUACAGAAACCAGUAGUCAGCCAGCAACAAUCAACCUUUUAACAAUCUCUAGUGCUUUGAUAAGCAAUCAAACAUCAUUCAGUAGUACAGCUGUUACAAGUGGACAUAGUAAUCAGCCAUCUUCUAGCAAUGGUUUGUCUUCUUCAAGUGUCGAAAAACCAAUACAUUCAACUGUAACUGGCAGCCCAGCAACACUAAGUAAAGAAACCAGUAGUCAAGUUCCAACAAUAAACCCAUCAACAUUCUCUAGUGUUUCUGUAAGUAGUCAAUCAACUUUCAGGAAAACAGCUUUUACAACUGGAUCUAGUAACCCGCCAUCUUCUAGCAAUGGCUUUUCUUCUGCAAGUGUAGGUACACCAAUACCAUCAACUAUACCUGGCAGCCCAACAAUAUUGAAUACUAAAACCAGUAGUCAGCCACCAACAAUCAACCCAUCAACAAUCUCUAGUGCUUCAGUAAGUGACCAAAAAUCAUUCAUUAGUACAGCUUUUACAAGUAGACCUAGUAAUCAGCGAACUUCUGGCAAUGUCUUGUCUUCUUCAAGUGUCGAAACACCAAUACAAUCUACCAUAAGUGGCAGUCAAGCAAUACAGAGUACUGAAACCAGUAGUCAGCCACCAACAAACAAACCAUCAACAUUCUCUAGUGUUUCUGUAAGCAGCCAAACACCAUUCAGUAGUACAGCUUUUAUUAGUGGAUCUAAUAACCAACCAUCUUCUAGUAAUAAUUUCAUUUCAAGUACUGGAACGUCAGUACAAUCAACUGUAAGUGGCACCCCAGUAAUGUCUAGUACUGCCAUCAGUAGUCAGCCCUCAACAACCAACCUACUGAAAUUUUCCAGUGCUUUUAUAAGUGACCAAACAUCACUCAGUUCUACAGCUUUUACAAGUGGAUCUAGUAACCAGCCUUCUUCUAGUAAUGGAUUCUCUUCUUCAAGUGCUGCAACUUCAAUUAGUCUAAUACAAUCAACUGUCACAGGCAGUCCAGCAUCAUUAAGUGCUAAAACUAGCAGUCAACCAUCAACAAUCAACCCCUCAACAUUAACAAGUGCUGUUGUAAGUGGCCAAACAUUAUUCAGUACUAUAGCUCUUGCCAGUGUGUCUAGUAGCAUUGCAGCAUCUAGUCAGUCAUCUGCUAGCAGUAUCGAUACUUCUUCAGCUGGCAUCACCAUUAGCCCAUCGGUGACCUACAGAGCAAUAGUCUCAGGCUCUAGUGUAAAGUCAUCUUCAGCUAUUACAGUGACAAAUGGCCCUUUGGGGUCUUUCAGUACCAGUGCCAUCCUUCCUUCAAGUUUCACACUGUCAACUUUUAAUACUGGAGCAACUAGCCAAACUAGCACAACUACUAAUGCUGGACCUAGUAACCAGCAAUCUACCAUUAGUCCAUCUACUUUGGGUACAGGAACUACUAAUUUAGUGAGUAGCAUUCCAACCUCAAAUGCUGGAACAAGUAGCCAAUCAUCAGACAGCACAUUGACAUCUUCCAGUGCAAAUCCAAGAACAAGCGGGCAGCUUUCUUCAACUAGACAGUCUUCAAGUCCAAGUGCCAGCAGCCAAUUUGUGAGCCAAAGUUCAUCAACAUCAAAUACUCUAACUAAUAACCUGCCUCUAACUGAUAGUACAUUGUCAACUUUCAACACUGGAUUGAGUAGCCAAACGUCACUUAGGAACAACUCAACUAAUGCUGGAACAAGUAACCAACCAACUUCCAUUAGCCCAUCUACUUUGAGUACAGAAACUACUAAAUUAGCAAGCACCAUUAUUAUUUAUACCAGUAACCAACCGAAAAGCUCUUUUCAAUCACCCAUCACAGGCACUAGUAAUCAGAGCUCUGCUACCAGCAGCAUAGUAACAAGUAUUAUGAUACCAUCCUCAAAUAAUGCAACAACUAAAACUUUGACUUCAACCAGCACAACCAGAUCUUCUGCUAAAAUUACUGCAUCUCUAGCCACUGCUAUUCCAAUAUCAAGAAUUUCCACUGUUGCGAUGACUACGCAGACCCCUAACUUUCCAAUUGCAUCCGGCUCUUCAACCCCUCUAACAACAAACAAUAAUUCAACCAUAGCAAUCACCACCCAGGAGCCAAAGAUUAAUAAUGUAACUUCUUCACCUUCUUCAAGCAAUACCUCCACCAUAGGGAUAAGCACCCAGAAUCCUUCAAGUACCAAUAGAAGCCCAGCAACACCUCCUCCCACUGCAUCCAACAGCACUCUACUAUCUACUAUAUCAACCAAUACACUGGCAAAUUCAACCACUGAAGCAUCACAUGCUACUGCAAAUAUCACAAUCAAACCUUCUACUAGCACUAUAACCAGUACAAACAAAACUUCAAGCAAUACUGUGGUAUCUUUCAUAACAGCAGCCAGUACCAGUAAUCCUAGUUAUAAUAUUACUGUAGCAGCUUCAUCUAUUAUGACCACCACAAAGUCAACUUCCACAGGAACAUCAGCAUCUUCUUCUACUUCAUCCAAUAUUAAGAACUCUACAUUAAUCAGCACAACACCAAGCUCAACUAAUGUGACAACCUCCUCUACUACUGUAGCCACCACAAUGAAACCUUCUACUAAUUCCACAGCUUCAACUACUAUUAAGAGUACCUCAACUACCACACCCAAGACAACUCAUGUUACUGCUUUCAAUAAUCAAAAUUCUACAACUUCAAGAAAUAUAGGAUCUUCUGCAAUCUCAACCACCACUACAACUCAUACUACUGCAACAUCAACAUCAAAAAAUACUGCGCUCUCUUCUACCACUAUCAGUACUGUAAAGUCUUCAAAUACUUUGCCAUCUACCAAGACAACUUCAUCAAGUACAGCAACCUCUACCAUUAAUGCAUCCAGUAGCCACAGUACUUUAACAUCUCCAACUACUUUGCUUUCUACCAAGGCAAUAUCAUCAGGUACAUCAACCUCUAACAUUAAAGAAUCCAGUAGCCACAGUACUGUAUCAUCCUCAACUACUUUGCCUUCUACCAAGAAAACAUUGUCAAGUACAUUAACCUCUACCAUUAAUGCAUCCAGUAGCCAAAGACCUACUAAUAUCACUUCAUCUUCUCCCAGAAUUUUGACUACUGCAAAGACAACACCAUCCAGCACUGUGUCAACUCACACCACCGGUAGUAGUCAGCAUACCUCUUAUACUAGCAAUACUGCAAAUACUGCUACUUUGACCACUGCAAAAUCAUCCUCAGUCAACAAAGUGACAACAACCACUAGCAGCAAGACACCUUCCACCAGUAAUUCAACAACUUCCUCUACUACUUCAACCAGUGAAGCAGCUACUACCAACAAUCCUACUCCUAAUAAUACUGUAGCAGCUUUAUCUACUUUAACUACCACAAAGUCAGCUUCCACAGGAACAUCAGCAUCUCCUUCUACUUCAUUCAAUAUUCAGAACUCUACAUUUACCAGCACAACACCAAACUCAACCAAUGUGACAACCUCCUCUACUACUGUAGCCACCACAAUGAAACCUUCUACUAAUUCAACAGCUUCAACUACUAUUAAGAACACUUCAAAUACCUUACCCAAGACAACAACAACUUUGUUUACAGCAUUCAAUGAUCAAAAUUCUACAACUACAAGUACAAUAGGAUCUUCUGCAAUCUCAACCAGCGCUACAACUUAUACUACUGCAACCACAUCAACAAAAACUACCGUGCCCUCUUCUACCACUAACAGUACUGUUAAUUCUAUUACUACUUUGCCCUCUACUAAGACAACAUCGUCAAGUACAGAAACCUUUACCAUUUCUGCAUCCAGUAGCCACAGUACUGUAACAUCUUUAACUAUUUUGCCUUCUACCAAGACAACAUUAUCAAGCACAUCAACCUCUACCAUUAAUGCAUCCAGUAGCCUAAGACCUAUUAAUACCACUUCAUCUUCUCCCAGAACUUUGACCACUGAAAAGACAACACCAUCCAGCACUGUGUCAACUCACACCACUGGUAGUAGUCAGCAUACCUCUAGUACUAGCAAUACUGCUGCCUCAACAACUUUGACCACUGCAAAAACAUCCUCAGUCAACACAGUGACAACAACCACAACCACUAGCAGCAAGACACUUUUCACCAGUAAUUCAACAGCUUCCUCUACUACUUCAACCAGUACAGUAGCUAUGACCAACAAUCCUAGUCCUAAUAAUACUGUACCAGCUUCAUCUACUUUGACCACCAUAAAGUCAACUUCCACAGGAACAUCAGCAUCUCCUUCUACUUCAUCCAAUAUUCAGAACUCUACAUUUACCAGCACAGCACCAAACUCAACCAAUGCGACAACCUCUCCUACUACUGUAACCACCACAAUGAAACCUUCUACUAAUUCAACAGCUUCAACUUCUAUUAAGAACACCUCAACUACCUUACCCAAGACAACAACAACUUCUUUUACUGCAUUCAAUAAUCAAAAUUCUACAACUACAAGUACAAUAGGAUCUUCUGCAAUCUCAACCAGCGCUACAACUUAUACUACUGCAACCACAUCAACAUCAAAAACUACUGUGCCCUCUUCUACCACUAAUAGUACUGUUAAGUCUAUUACUACUUUUCCCUCUACUAAGACAACAUCGUCAAGUACAGCAACCUCUACCAUUUCUGCAUCUAGUAGCCACAGUACUGUAACAUCUUUAACUACUUUGCCUUCUACCAAGACAACAUCAUCAAGCACACCAACCUCUACCAUUAAUGCAUCUAGUAGCCUAAGACCUAUUAAAACCACUUCAUCUUCUCCCAGAAUUUUGACUACUGCAAAGACAACACCAUCCAGCACUGUGUCAACUCACACCGCUGGUAGUAGUCAGCAUACCUCUAGUACUAGCAAUACUGCUGCCUCAACAACUUCGACCACUGCAAAAACAUCAUCAGUCAACACAGUGACAAAAAACACAACCACUAGCAGCAGGACACUUUCUACCAGUAUUUCAACAGCUUCCUCUACUACUUCAACCAGUAAAGCAGCUAGUAUUAACAAUCAUAGUCCUAAUAAUACUGUACCAGCUUCAUCUACUUUGACCAGCACAAAGUCAACUUCCACAGGAACAUCAGCAUCUGCUUCUACUUCAUCCAAUAUUCAGAACUCUACAUUUACCAGCACAACACCAAACUCAACCAAUGCAACCGCUCUUACUACUGUAAACACCACAAUGAAACCUUCUACUAAUUCAACAGCUUCAACUACUAUUAAGAGUACCUCAACUACCAAACCCAAUGCAACACCAACUUUUUUUACUGCAUUCAAUAAUCAAAAUUCUACAACUACAAGUACAAUAGGAUCUUCUGCAAUCUCAACCACCACUACAACUCAUACUACUGCAACAUCAACAUCAAAAAAUACUGCGCCCUCUUCUACCACUAUCAGUACUGUAAAGUCUUCAAAUACUUCGCCAUCUACCAAGACAACUUCAUCAAGUACAGCAACCUCUACCAUUAAUGCAUCCAGUAGCCACAGUACUUUAACAUCUCCAACUACUUUGCUUUCUACCAAGGCAAUAUCAUCAGGUACAUCAACCUCUAACAUUAAAGAAUCCAGUAGCCACAGUACUGUAUCAUCCUCAACUACUUUGCCUUCUUCCAAGAAAACAUUGUCAAGUACAUUAACCUCUACCAUUAAUGCAUCCAGUAGCCAAAGACCUACUAAUAUCACUUCAUCUUCUCCCAGAAUUUUGACUACUGCAAACACAACACCAUCCAGCACUGUGUCAACUCACACCACCGGUAGCAGUCAGCAUACCUCUUAUACUAGCAAUACUGCAAAUACUGCUACUUUGACCACUGCAAAAUCAUCCUCAGUCAACAAAGUGACAACAACCACUAGCAGCAAGACACCUUCCACCGGCAAUUCAACAACUUCCUCUACUACUUCAACCAGUGAAGCAGCUAGUACCAACAAUCCUACUCCUAAUAAUACUGUAGCAGCUUCAUCUACUUUAACCACCACAAAGUCAGCUUCCACAGGAACAUCAGCAUCUCCUUCUACUUCAUUCAAUAUUCAGAACUCUACAUUUACCAGCACAACACCAAACUCAACCAAUGUGACAACCUCCUCUACUACUGUAGCCACCACAAUGAAACCUUCUACUAAUUCAACAGCUUCAACUACUAUUAAGAACACUUCAAAUACCUUACCCAAGACAGCAACAACUUCGUUUACAGCAUUCAAUGAUCAAAAUUCUACAACUACAAGUACAAUAGGAUCUUCUGCAAUCUCAACCAGCGCUACAACUUAUACUACUGCAACCACAUCAACAUCAAAAACUAACGUGCCCUCUUCUACCACUAACAGUACUGUUAAUUCUAUUACUACUUUGCCCUCUACUAAGACAACAUCGUCAAGUACAGAAACCUUUACCAUUUCUGCAUCCAGUAGCCACAGUACUGUAACAUCUUUAACUACUUUGCCUUCUACCAAGACAACAUCAUCAAGCACAUCAACCUCUACCAUUAAUGCAUCUAGUAGCCUAAGACCUAUUAAAACCACUUCAUCUUCUCCCAGAACUUUGACUACUGCAAAGACAACACCAUCCAGCACUGUGUCAACUCACACCGCUGGUAGUAGUCAGCAUACCUCUAGUACUAGCAAUACUGCUGCCUCAACAACUUCGACCACUGCAAAAACAUCAUCAGUCAACACAGCGACAAAAAACACAACCACUAGCAGCAAGACACUUUCCACCAGUAUUUCAACAGCUUCCUCUACUACUUCAACCAGUAAAGCAGCUAGUAUUAACAAUCAUAGUCCUAAUAAUACUGUACCAGCUUCAUCUACUUUGACCAGCACAAAGUCAACUUCCACAGGAACAUCAGCAUCUGCUUCUACUUCAUCCAAUAUUCAGAACUCUACAUUUACCAGCACAACACCAAACUCAACCAAUGCAACCGCUCUUACUACUGUAAACACCACAAUGAAACCUUCUACUAAUUCAACAGCUUCAACUACUAUUAAGAGUACCUCAACUACCAAACCCAAUGCAACACCAACUUUUUUUACUGCAUUCAAUAAUCAAAAUUCUACAACUACAAGUACAAUAGGAUCUUCUGCAAUCUCAACCAGUGCUACAACUCAUACUACUGCAACAACAUCAACAUCAAAAAAUAUUGUGCUCUCUUCCACCACUAACAGUACUGUAAAGUCUUCAACUACUUUGCCCUCCACAAAGACAUUGUCAAGUACAGCAACCUCUACCAUUUCUGCAUCCAGUAGCCAAAGUACUGUAACAUUUUUAACUACUUUGCCUUCUACCAAGACAACAUCAUCAAGCACAUCGACCUCUACCAUUAAUGCAUCCAGUAGCAAAAGACCUACUAACACCACUUCAUCUUCUCCCAGAACUUUGACCACUGCAAAGACAACACCAUCCAGCACUGUGUCAACUCACACCACCGGCAGGAGUCAGCAUACCUCCAAUACUAGCAAUACUGCUGCCUCAACCUCUUUGACCACUGCAAAAUCAUCCUCAGUCAACACAGUGACAACAACCACUAGCAGCAAGACACUUUCCACCAGUAAUUCAACAACUUCCUCUACUACUUCAACCAGUAGAGCAGCUAGUACCCACAAUCCUAGUCCUAAUAAUACUGUACCAGCUUUAUCUACUUUGACCAGCACAAAGUCAACUUCCACAGGAACAUCAGCAUCUCCUUCUACUUCAUCCAAUAUUCAGAACUCUACAUUUACCAGCACAACACCAAACUUAACCAAUGCAACAACCUCUCUUACUACUGUAAACACUACAAUGAAACCUUCUACUAAUUCAAUAGCUUCAACUACUAUUAAGAGUACCUCAGCUACCACACCCAAGACAACAACUUAUUUUACUGCAUUCAAUAAUCAAAAUUCUACAACUACAAGUACAAUAGGAUCUUCUGCAAUCUCAACCAGCGCUACAACUUAUACUACUGCAACCACAUCAACAUCAAAAAAUACUGUGUCCUCUUCUACCACUAACAGUACUGUAAAGUCUUCAACUACUUUGCCCUCAAUCAAGACAACAUCAUCAAGCACAGCAACCUCUACCAAUUCUGAAUCCAGUGUCCACAGUACUGUAACAUCUUUAACUACUUUGCCUUCUACCAAGACAACAUCAUCAAGCACAUUAACCUCUACCAUUAAUGCCUCCAGUAGCCAAAGACCUACUAAUACCACUUCAUCUUCUCCCAGAACUUUGACCACUGCAAAGACAACACCAUCCAUCACUGUGACAACUUACACCACCGGUAGUAGUCAGCAUACCGCUAAUACUAGCAAUACUGCUGCUUCAACCACUUCGACCAUUGCAAAAUCAUCCUCAAACAACACAGUGACAACUACCACAACCACCAGCAGCAAGACAUUUUCCACCACUAAUUCAACAAAUUCUUCAACUACUUCAACCGGAACUACGUCUUCUUCUACCAAACCAGUUACAACCUUCUCCACUCCAAAUACCAGCCACAGUACCCUUAUCCAAUCGACUGCUAGGACAACUACUAAGGCUUCCACAUCUGUUUCUGUUGUUACUCCUACAACAAGUAAAUUGACUUUGAAUCCAACAUCACACACAACUGUUACAUCUACUUCUCUAGGUAGCACAAACAGCACAACAAAAACCACUACAACCAGUGCACAUGCACAAACUGCCAGUACAGUGAAGUCUUCAAGCAGUACUAGCCAACAAUCAACAAGUGAAUCCUCCAAAAAUUCCACAAUUACCAAUGUAUCCACAGGAGCAACUUCUGGUUUGUCCUCAAGCAAUGUUAUUCCUGUGUGGGGCAUCAUCCUAAUAUCUCUUGCCGUUAUCCUUGGUGUAGUUGCCAUCAUGGGUACAAUCUUUUCGAUACUUUACUGCUUAAGAAGGAUUGGAUAUCGAUCCACCUACAUUGUCAGUGCAUAA